GUGAAGCGAGACGGAGAAGAAAAAAAAGAUACGCCAUUCGCAACUAUUUAGAUAAGAGAUAAAUAUGUGCUUUCGAAUGUCAGCGAGGAACAAUAAACAGACGCGAUAGACCACGAUAGACCACGAUAAACCACGAUAACGGACGUAAGAAUACGGAGGGAUACUCAUCAGGUGGAAAAACGGAAGCAGACACCUGUUGCUGCCAGCCUCGAGUUGGACGAUUGCGAUGGCUCAUCUACUCAAAAACCUUACUAAUAGUAUUUGGCAUGCAUUUCACGCUCUACAGACCGAUGUCACCAACACGGUCGCCAAAUCUAAGUUAAAGGUAUUGACAGCCAACAUUGGUACCUUGAUGGAUUUGUAUGGUGUAGAAAAAGGCCUGGAGCAUUACCGGAGUACGCAAAGUUUAACGUUCGAUCAAUACAUCUAUUAUUUACAGAAAGAAAUGUUCUCUUCCGUAACUGAUGCUACCUCUGUACAAACAUUGAAGACAAUGGAAGAAGGGGUAGAUGAAAUUUGCUGGCUGGUUUGUAAAAAGAUCUAUCUGGAGAGAUCCCAUUCAGUUUUUGACGAUCAUAGUGUUUACCAAUUGUUCAGAAUUUACUGUCUGCUGGCCGAGACGGAUUCAGAUGCAACAGAUUCUUAUCUGGUGACAAUGCAUGGCGACGAGGUAGCGCGAAUCGCUUCCCAUCUGGUAAUGUCAUUGGGUCUACAAUGGGACGCGGCAGAUUUCUCAGCUUUAUCAGCAGCUAUUGGAACAUUUAGGUUUCCCACAUUUCUGGCAGUUUUGGAAUCCAAAUAUAGUGGUGGUAAUACUUUGGACAUUAUGGCGUUAUCAGAGGCGAUUGAUGAUCUCUACCAGAUUUACAUAGAGAACGUGGUAAAAAAGGGUUAUCUGAUGAAGAAAGGUUUCCUGCUGCCAACAUUGCGAUAUUUUUGGUUUGUCCUGCGUCCCGGUGAAUUGACAUAUUACAAAGAUCCGCAACAAAAAGAACCGUCCGGAUUAAUACUGCUGAAUGCUAAUUGUUGGGCCGAUACUGUGACAAACGGUGGAAAGCCCGAUAAAAGGUUCGUGCUUAGUACCCCCGAACAUAGAUGCAUAGAGCUAAUAGCAGAGGAUCACAAAGGCAGGCUCCAAUGGCUCGCGGCAUUACAAACAGCCAUUCAGCAUUCGAGUGAGAAGAUCGGCUAUCAGAGAAGUUUGGCCAAUCAACGAAGAUCCUUGCGACAAGCUGUUAAACAGGAAAAAGAAGAGACCAAGUUGGAACUUCAGCACGAGAGGCAAGCUAGAAUCGCCGCCGAAAUACAAGCUCGGAAAUUGGAAACUCUGUCGAAGGAAGAAGGUGCUAAAGUUCAACAACUGGAAGAUGUUAAACAAAAACUAGAGUUGCUGCUACAAGAAGAAAAACAGGCUCUACGCGAUGAGGAAAUAGUACGAAGUUUACAAGCGAGAGUACUACGCGAAGAAUGGGAGAAAAGAGAGCAAUUAGAGAGACUGCAGCAG